CCUCAAAAAUAUCUGCAAUCAAUCAAACAAUGUUCUGUUCUUCGCCUUGACUGUCUCCCAUACUGUCCUGCUUGAGCUGUUCGCUCUUGCCAUCGUAUCCUUCCCUCCCAUUCCUCUCCUCCUUCCAGUUAUUGCUCUCCUUCCUUCCCAUCAAGCUUUCAACAAGCUCGCCACACCGUCUCCUGACUUGACACGCCCUCCUCAUCCCCAAAAUCCUAUAACAUAUUCCAGUGCCUCCAUAUUCGUACCCAUCCCUAUAACAUAAUCCCCAUAGCAUGUCUUUAGCCCAGCAUGUCUCCGCCAUCGAAGGUGUCGACAGACAAGAACUUGAAAUCGAGCCCUCCCACGUCGUGAGGAGAGUGCUGAGCUAUGGUGCAUUCCCCCCUCCCGUCGAAGAACAGGCGGAUCAUAUCCCAGCCUAUGUCAUUUCGACGCGGAAGAGAAUCAUUCAAGUUGUUAUUACAGUUUUGGUUUGUUGGUUAGCGUCUGGCAUUGUAUUUGGUUUUGCUGCAUUGAAGCCGGUUUUGAUUUCGGAAGGCGUGUAUCGGGAAUUGUGUACUGCCGAGGAGUUGGAUCAGGAUGUUGAACUUUGCGUGGAGCAGGAUAUUCGGUUAGUUGUUCCAAUCAUCCCUUCUGGGACAUCUGACUGACAUGAACAACAGUCUGAACUUCUUCUUUACACUUGCUUCUAUCACAAGUAAUGUGUCCGCCCUUCCGGUUGGAGCAAUCCUGGAUCGAUUCGGUCCUCGAGUCUGCGGAAUCUUAGCCAGCAUCUUCCUCGCCGUCGGUACAGUCUUAAUGUCCUACGCUUUCAGCAUCCCGGAAUUCGACGGCUACCUGAUGGCAAACUUUUUCCUCGCCCUCGGCGGAACAUUCAUAUUCAUCCCAUCCUUCCAGAUGGCCAAUGCAUUCCCCAAAUACUCCGGGACGAUCGUCGCUCUCAUCACAGGCUCAUUCGAUGCCUCAGCAGCAGUCUUCCUCUUCUACCGCAUGGCAUACACAGGCACGAACCAGACUUUCACUCCAGAUAGAUUUUUCCUGUACUAUACCGCCGUUCCAGUUCUCAUAUUAAUUUCUCAACUUACUGUCAUGUCAUCAAAAUCCUACGACACCGUCCCUCAACUCGAGCAAAAGAUCGAGAUCGCACACGAUGCAGGACAAGACAUCCACUCAUCCGACGACGAAAUAUCCAGCGACGACGAGGUCAACCGUAUUCGCCGAGAAAGAUCCGGGAAACGAAAGAACAAGAUCCGGCAACUGGACCGCCUCCUCGGAAGCGAGGACGAGCGUCGCGAGAGAGCGGAUCGUGAAGAGGAUCGUUUGGUAAAAAGUGCAGUCUGGGGAGCUCUGCAUGGACUGCCUGCACAUCAGCAGAUGUUGACACCGUGGUUCAUCCUCAUUACUUUGCUUACGGUGUUGCAAAUGUUGCGUAUGAAUUACUUCAUUGCUACGAUUCGCUCGCAGUACGAGUACAUGCUUGGGUCAGAAGAGUUGGCGAUGAACAUCAACCAUUUCUUUGAUAUUGCUCUCCCGGUUGGAGGAGUAGUCUGUACGCCUGUCAUUGGGAUGUUCCUCGAUAAUCUGAGCGUGCCUAUGGCUUUAUCUGUUAUCGUCAGCUUGAGCACUGCCAUCGGAAUCUUGAACUCCCUACCUUUCCUCUGGGCAGCCAACAUGACAGUCAUCCUCUUCGUGAUCCUCAGACCACUCUACUACUCCGCCAUGUCCGACUACGCCACCAAAGUCUUCGGCUUCAAAACCUUCGGCCAAGUCUACGGCACUAUCAUCUGCCUCUCGGGACUCGUCAACCUCUCCCAAUACGGCAUCGACGCUCUCACUCUCGAAAAAUUCCACGGCGAUCCCACGCCCGUGAAUAUCGUUCUUGCUGCGUUCGGGUUCGUGGUUGGUGUUGUGCUGGUGGGGUUUGUGAGGGUGAAGGUUAAAGUUGUUGGUGUGAGGGAGUUUGGGGAGUUUCUGGAUCCGGAGAGGAUGCCGUUGAUUAUGCCGGUUGUUGUGGAGGAGGAGUGAGGUUGUGGGAGAGGAGGGAAGAAGAAGAAAUGGGGAACGGG